AAAAUAGAAACAAUGACAAGGUGCAAAUAAGCUUCAGUUACCGCGGGACUCAAAAUUAUGCUAAAAGUUUUUUAAUUCUCAAAAUCCGUUAUUUAUGAUUCAUUUGAAGCGGUGGAGGAAUCUGUGGGAUUCUGCCGCGUUAAAUCCAAACCAAUGCGUUUCGAAACAGGAAUAGACUCUGUCCUUGACUCUAGUAAGUCGAAAAGUAUUAUGGCCUAUCAUCCCUUCUUGCAGCUGCCAAGACAGACGGACUUUAGUGUAUCCUCCUUGCUAACGGCCGCAAACAAUAACACAACUUCCUCCAACUCGCCGGCGGGACCUGGAUUUUUUCCGUCGGCAGCUUUGGCCGCUUUCGGAGCGCAACAAGGCCCUCACGGCUGCUAUCCCGGAACUCUUAUACCAAAAAUUAAUCAUCCCCAUGCUCACCAUGCACUCAGUGGCCAUCCGUACACCACCGCCGAAGACGUCGUCAUCGCCGCCGCCGUAGCUGCCCACAGCCACCAUCCUGCGAUGGUUAGGCCUCUGCGAGCCAUCCAGCCUGAAGAGGACGGGGUCGUCGAUGAUCCCAAAGUGACUCUAGAGGGUAAAGACUUAUGGGAAAAGUUUCAUAAGUUGGGGACGGAGAUGGUGAUAACGAAAAGUGGAAGGUAA